AUGGCCGACAAGGAGGAGAAGCCCAAUAUCUACUCGAACUGCGACGAACGUCUCCUCAUCUCGGGCAUCCUCUCCGAUGUCAAGGUGAUAUGCGGCGACAAAACGUGGAAUCUCCACAAGACAAUCAUCUGCAUUCGCUGCCCCUACUUCGAGAAGCCUUUAUGGGCAAUUAUGAUGUGA